CAUUGCAUCCACUUCCUUGUCAGUCAGUUUUGCCACAGUCAAAGAUCUGAAUUUCUCCCACUGCUAAAAUGAUCGCCUACAAAGUGACCAUUGAGACUGGGACAAUUUGGGGUGCAGGAACCUGGAGUUAUGUUUACUGCACCUUGAUCGGAGAGAAGGGAGUGAGCCACAAGGCCAGCGUCAACCGAUGGCUGCAUUUUGAUCUGAAGCAAGGAUCUGUGGGUCACUACAAAAUUGCAAGUGAUCGAUACCUUGGAGCCAUUUAUUUUGUGGAGCUGCCGUUCAUCGGUCAAGAUUGCUGGUUCUGCUGCUGUGCGAUGGUGGAGAUUCCUGAGGGAAACCUCUUCUAUUUCCCCUGCUACGAGUGGCUAGCAAACAAUAACAUACACCUCCAGGAAGGAACCGCGAAGAGAUUCCACGAUGAUUCUAUGGUGUCCCAGCUUCAGUUGCAUCGCCAAGCUGAACUGUGGGAGAAACAGCUGCACUGCCGGUGGAGGAAAUUACCCUCAAAAAUGCCAAAGUGUAUUGAUACUGGAUCGUUGGUGAGCUCCCUGUGGGUUUGAGGUUCAGUUGUGAGAAAGAACUCUGUUUGAACUCUCUGUGGCAGAGAGUGUUUGCCAAAGAUCAUUGAGAAGGAAGAUUGGUUUAUCGAAAAGCAGUUCUUGAACGGCUUCAACCCAGUCCUGAUAGAGAAAUGCAACAAAAUCCCACCGUGCUUCUGUGUGACAGAUGAUAUGGCCAAGAUGUCUCUCGGAACUCCACGCUGAAGCAAGAAAUGGAGUACAUUUAUUUUCAAUCUAUCACAGAAUUGCCAAAGUGUUAUGGUACUGAUGGAGGUCAUUGUGCCCAUCAUGUCUGCACCGGCUCUUCAAUAACCAUCAUUACCAAGUGUAGAUCUGCUUUUUUCUGCAUCUUUGUACAUUAUUUCUAUACAGAUAAUCAUCCAAUGCCCUCUUGUGACUCAUUGGAACCUAUCUUCGCCACACUUACAGGCCAUGCAUUCCACACCCAAACCACUCACUGAGAAAAAAACGUUUUUCUCACGUUAUACUCGCACCUUUUGCAAUUCAUUUUAAAUCUAUGCCCUCUUGUUCUCAUUUCUUUCACAAAUGGGAACAGUUUGUCCCUAUCUACUCAAUCCAGCUGCUCAUGGUUUUGAAAGUCUCUAUCAGAUUUACUGUUUUUUUUCUCCAGGGAGAAUAGUCCUAACUUCUUCAAUCCAUCUUCGUACUGAAGUUCCUCAUCCCUGAAAGAUACAGUUGCUUUAGAAGAAAUUAGGAGAAGAUCCAUAUGACUCAUUCCUGAGUUGGAAAUCUUAUCUUAUGAUCAGAGUUUUGAAAUGGUUUGGCCUAAACCCACUGGAGAUUACCAUAGGCAAUUUUAUUGAAACACAUAAGAGCUUGAGCGGAGUGGAGGAUGUUUCUACAACUAGGGAAAAUAGUUUAAAAAUGGGGAGGUGGAGUGAUGGUACUGUCUCUGGAUGAGGAUCAGGCUAAAGUCCUGGGGACCAAGGUUCAAAUUUCACCUCCACAGGUGGUGAAAUUUAAAUUCAAUUAAUACAUCUGGAAUUGAAAGGUAGUCUCAGUAACAAUCAUCAUGUUUUUAUACACAGUUAUAAAAAUUCAUUAGUUCAUUAAUUUUCUUUAGGGGAAGGAAAUCUGGUGCCUUUAUCUAGUCUGGCCUAAGCUUGACUCUAGACUCACAGCCAAAGGGUUGAUUCUUUACUGCUGUCUGAAAUGGCCCAAAAAGAUGCUACUUUCAAAGACUUUAAAUAUCAAUUUACCUAGCGACCUGUAAUUGGAUGAAAUGUGGGUUCCAGCAGUCUUGCUAAAAGAAUAAGGCCUUAAAUUAAAGCAAACAACAAUAGACUUUGAUGUGCAUCAGAACGUGAUACAGUCCAAAUGCACAACAUAUAUUCUAACAAGUAGAAUUGACGUGGUAAAUAUGGGUAAACUGUGAUUGAACACCCAACAGUGCACAUUAAACAGUAUGUGCCUUUAAGAGGGUGUCAGAAGACAGGAACCUGGGAAUCGUCUGCAUAAAUCACUGAAGGCGACAGCAAAAUUGGGGUCCCAGGCUUUAUAAAUAGAAACAGAAUAUGAAAUCAAGGAAGAUAUGGUGAACCUUCAAUGAACACUGGAUUUGCCUGAAAUGGAGUAUUCUCAGUCCUAGACUUUAGCAGGGAUUUGAAAACACAAGUGAAGUUGGCAAAAAGAUUUGCAAGACAUCCAUCCUUUCCCAGGAUGAGGAACUUCAGUGACAAGAGAAGGCUGAGCGGAGGUUGAUUCAGGAUGUUCCAAAUCAGGUGGGGCCUGUUCAGAGUAGACAGGAACAAACUGGUCCCAUUGAUGGGAGGAUCGAGAACCAAGCAGCCACAGAUUUAAUAUGAAAGGCAAAAGAAGUAAUUGCAACAAGAGCAAGAUCUGAAUGAAACAGGAGUGCUUAGGAUCUGGAAUGCAUUGACUGAGAGUGUGAGGUAGAUAGAUUCAUUUGUGGCUCUCAGCAGGGAAUUGGAUCAUUACAUAAAGACAAAAAAAUGAUGGGACUAUAGCAGGAAGUUGUGGGGAGUGUGACAAGGUGAUUUGCUUUUGCAGAGUCAGCACAGGCAGCAGACUAAAUGGCUUUUCUCUGUGCUGUAACUGUCCUAUAAAGUUUUGGGAUGUAGGAUUAUCAGUCUGAUAACAUAACUAACAAUGGCAUUUAGGUACCAUUUUCACAUUCCAAAGAGCCGUGCACCCAAGAAGUUACUUUUGGACUUGCAGUCACAAUUGCCAUGUAGGCAAAUAAUGCAUUUUAAUUUUGCAUGGCAAUGCCAUACAGAUUAGCAAUGAAAGAAAGAUCAGUUAAUCUGUUGCUAUUGCUCUUCAUUAGCAAGAAAAGCAGGAAGAAUAGCAGUGUCUGUCUUCAUACAGAGCCAUGGGAAUCUUGUACAUUCACCCACAUGGUCACAGCCAUACAGUAUGAUAGCAUAAAAAUAAUCCUUCAGUCCAUUGUGUCCACCCCAAUCAUCAAGCACCUAUCUACUCUAAUCCCAUUUCCCAGCACUUAGCCGUUAGCCUUGUAUGCCAUGACUUUACAAGCUUUAAAAUAAAUACUUCCUAAAUGUUA